GGCGGGAUGAGAUAGGGAUGCGGGUCCCAGGUGCGGGGGAGGAGACGCUCGCCCGCCCCACCUAGGGAGGAGGUGGCUGAGGCAUGGGAGCCGCCCCUUCUGCCUCAGAGAACAAACGGGACAUUCAGCAGCGGCCAGUGGCUGUCAGCAACUCCUUGGGGAAAGGAAUCGUCGAGUCAGGCUGCUCCGUAGUCGCCGUUAAAAGCUUCCGGACCCCUCCAACCGCGCAUACCUGGGCUACCCCCCGGCCGCGCGCGUGCGUCAGAGCGCGCACAGUGUCUCCAGAGCGCGCACAGAGUGUCUCCAGAGCGCGCACAGAGUGUCUCCAGAGCGCGCACAGAGUGUCUCCAGAGCGCGCCGGGUGCGAGCCAGGGGCGUAGCCGGCGUGCUCAGCGCGGGCGGCCGGAGCGUCUCCACCGGCCAUGAGCGGCGCGGGCACCUGGGUUGUGCUCGGCCUGCUGCUGGCGGCCCAGCAGUCGGGUCAGCAGCACCCGGAGAGACCUGUUUUUACAUGUGGUGGUGUUCUUACUGGAGAGUCUGGAUUUAUUGGCAGCGAAGGUUUUCCUGGAGUGUACCCUCCAAAUAGCAAAUGCACUUGGAAAAUCACAGUUCCCAAGGGAAAAGUAGUAGUUCUCAAUUUCCGAUUCAUAGACCUCGAAAGUGACAACCUGUGCCGCUAUGACUUUGUGGAUGUGUACAAUGGCCACAGCAAUGGCCAGCGUAUUGGGCGCUUCUGUGGCACGUUUCGGCCUGGAGCCCUUGUGUCCAGUGGCAACAAGAUGAUGGUGCAGAUGAUUUCCGACGCCAACACUGCUGGGAAUGGUUUCAUGGCCAUGUUCUCUGCCGCUGAACCAAAUGAAAGAGGGGAUCUAUAUUGUGGAGGACGCCUUGAAAGACCUUCCGGCUCUUUUAAAACCCCCAACUGGCCAGACCGCGAUUACCCUGCAGGAGUCACUUGCUUGUGGCACAUUCUAGCCCCAAAGAAUCAGCUUAUAGAAUUAAAGUUUGAGAAGUUUGAUGUUGAGCGUGAUAACUACUGCCGUUAUGAUUAUGUGGCUGUGUUUAAUGGUGGAGAAGUCAACGACGCCAAAAGAAUUGGAAAGUAUUGUGGUGAUAGUCCACCCAUGCUGGAAGAUAAUGAUCACAGAAUAAAGGGUGCAGGAGGAAACAAUGGACAAAGGCCAAUUGUAUCUGAAAGACAUGAACUUCUCAUUCAGUUUUUCUCAGACUUAAGCUUAACUGCAGAUGGAUUUAUUGGUCACUACAAAUUCAGGCCAAAAAAAUUACCUACAACUACAGCAGUGCCAGUGACCACCACAGUCACUGUAACUACAGGUUUAAAACCCACCAUGGCCAUGUGUCAACAAAAAUGUAGAUGGGCUGGUACUCUGGAAAGCAAUUACUGUUCAAGCAAUUUUGUAUUUGCUGGUACUGUUAUCACAACCAUCACGCGGGGUGGAAGCUUGCAUGCCACAGUCUCCCUCAUCAGCAUCUAUAAAGAGGGAAAUCUGGCAGUUCAACAGGCUGGCAAGAACAUGAGUGCCAAGGUCAUUGUGAUUUGCAAGCAGUGCCCUCUCCUCAGAAGAGGUCAAAAUUACAUUAUUAUGGGCCAAGUGGGUGAAGAUGGGCGAGGCAAAAUCAUGCCCAACAGCUUUGUAAUGAUGUUGAAGACCAAGAAUCAGAAGUUCCUGAAUGCCUUGGAAAACAAGCAAUGUUAACGGUGAAAUGUGUCCAUUUAAGCUUCAUUCUGUCAUUGCCUUUGAAAGAUCUAUUUUUCUCAGUAUAAAAACAAUAUUAUGACAUUGAAUAUUGAAUAUUCAGAAAGAUUGACUCUUCACAAAGGUAGGUGUGAUGGAAGUUUCAUGCCUGCAUCAAUAGAAGCAGAAAUUGUAGUGCAGUGACAGGAACCUAAUGGCAUCGAGUGGUGACAGUUGAAAGCAGUUUAUUUAUACAUGCCUCUAAAGGGGUAUUUUAGAAAUGAGUUUUGUGAAGAUGUAAAAAUGGAGAUUUUAUAAGUGCAAUAUUUGCUUCAAGAUGUUAUAUUCUUUUCUUGCAUUUUUAAGUUGAUGCUUAAUAAAAUAUUUUUAAAUGAA